UUUAAAUAAUUGAGUACUGUUUAAUAUUGCGAAAUGUUAUAUUUAGCAAUGUGUCUCUAUUUAAGAAGAUUUGUUGAUUACAUACCUUGGAAACUAAAUGCUAAGAGUAUCGGUUCACAUCGGACACAUAACAACGUUGGAUCACAACAAACAACUCAAAAUCCGGAAGCAAUACCAUAACUGCCUUUGAUAGCUCCUCGUACGCUCUCUUUUAACUACUAGCUUUUUUUAUUAUGAAUCUUCCUAUAACGUUAAUACGUUGAUUUGUAUUAUCUUCAUAGGAAAGUCAUGCAAAACGAUAAGGAUCGUAACGCAAAUGUUUACACCUGUAUUUGUUUUAGCACGGACAAUAUUUUCCUUGAAGAGUUCAAACUUCAUGUCAGAUUUCUAUCCGAGCAGCAGUUAGAACGAAUUAUCAAGCGGUUUUAAGAAAGCUUGGCUGCUCCACUAACACACAGUUCAAGGAUAUCCUGACAAAGGCAAUCACGCAUUUUGAAUUGCCAAAGAAGUUCAAAGGCGCCAGAGCCUUGGUGUGAAGUCAGCUGAGAGAGCUGUUGCCAUAAAGGAGAUGUAUAAACCCCUCCAUGACCAUGUCUACCAUCUACAGCUUCUGUGAUGAGCUGAUAGAAGAUAUGGAACACUUUGAACAGUCUACAGUGCCCAAUGGCAGACCCAACACAAUGAAUAACUACGGGAUCCUCCUGAACGAGCUAGGGUUUGACGAUGGCUUCACUACCCCUCUCCGUGAGCAGUAUCUGCAGCCUCUCACAUCGCUGCUCUACCCUGAAUGUGGGGGACGCUGCCUAAACAGCCACAAGGCCUUCAUAGUGAAAUACGACAUGCAUGAAGACCUGGACCUCAGCUACCACUACGACAACGCAGAGGUCACUCGCAACGUGUCUCUGCAGAAAGAGUUCACUGAAGGGAACCUCUACUUUGGUGACAUGAGACAGGUGCCUCUGAGUGAGAGCGUGUACGGAGGUAGAGCAGAGAGUGACAGAGGGUCUUCUCCACAGAGUACAACACAUGCCCAUCUACUCUGGCCAGCGCUGGAACCUCAUUGUCUGGAUGAGGUCCUCACAGGAGAGGAACAAACUGUGCCCCGUGUGCAACAAGAAGCCCACCUUGGUCGAGGGAUAGGGCUUCGCAGAAGGCUUCACCAGUGACUCAGGGAUGUCUCUUCUACAGAAUGUAACUUAAUGCUGCUGGUCCAUAUGUAUUUGUGUAUGUUAGUAUAACUUGUCUGGAUAUCUGCUUAUUGUGGAGAUUAUCGCAUGUGCGAAAAAAUAGUUGUGGAGAGGAAACAUGAUAGACAUUAGGAACAUAGAGAGGCUCUUCACCACUUCUACAUAAUACCUCACUACAAACUUCAUUACACAGUGUCACAAUUAUUCCUAUCUUUUCUAAAACAUAAUGUCCAUAAAAAAUAUGUGUAGCCUGUGACUCGAAUGGUCUUUUGUCUAGGUAGUGGUAUUACAUAUCCAAAAGUCAAUAGACACUAGUGAAGAAAACCUGAGCUUUCACCUUUAAACCUUACUUCUAGUGGGCUUGCUUCUUGUUCACAGAAAUAUGAUAUUUUAAAUGCUGUAAACUUUAUACAUAAUGUAAGUAAUAUAAAUAAAUUCAUAGCUGUA